CCUGACCACGUGACGAGGGAGGUCCCAGCGAGUGACAGCGCCGGGGUCAGGCCAGCCGCCCAAGAGUCCGGCACUCGCUCGCCGGAGAUGCUGCGGAACGGAGCUGCCGGGGCCUCCUCCCCUUCUGGCAAAGGCGCCAACCGGCCUGUGCGCGUGUGGUGCGACGGAUGCUAUGAUAUGGUGCAUUAUGGGCACUCCAACCAGCUGCGGCAAGCUCGUGCGAUGGGUGAUUAUCUGAUCGUAGGAGUCCACACAGAUGAGGAGAUCUCCAAGCAUAAAGGACCCCCUGUCUUCACUCAAGAAGAGAGAUACAAAAUGGUGAAGGCCAUCAAAUGGGUGGACGAGAUUGUACCAGGAGCUCCUUAUGUCACAACCUUGGAAACGCUGGAUAAAUACAACUGUGACUUCUGUGUACAUGGGAAUGAUAUCACACUUACUGUGGAUGGCAAGGACACCUAUGAGGAAGUAAAGAAUGCUGGGAGAUACAGGGAAUGUAAGCGCACUCAGGGAGUAUCCACCACAGAUCUGGUUGGCCGCAUGCUGCUCAUGACCAAAGCUCACCACAGCAACAUUGAUGAAGACAUGGAUUAUCGGAAGCACGCAGAUAACUUUGGGAAAUGCCCUAAAAGUCACAGCCCCUGGACCGGAGUUUCCCAGUUUCUGCAGACAUCCCAGAAGAUCAUCCAGUUUGCAUCUGGCAAGGAGCCACAACCAGGAGAUACUAUAAUCUACGUGGCUGGUGCUUUUGACCUCUUUCAUGUUGGUCAUGUGGACUUCCUGGAGAAAGCGCACCAGAUAGCAAAGCGACCUUAUAUAAUUGUGGGGCUACAUUUUGACCAGGAGGUGAAUUUGUACAAAGGCAAGAACUAUCCAAUCAUGAAUGUGCAUGAGCGAACCCUCAGUGUUCUAGCCUGCAGGUAUGUUUCUGAGGUGGUGAUUGGAGCCCCCUAUUCCAUCACUGCUGAUCUGCUGGAUCAUUUUAAGGUAGACCUUGUGUGCCAUGGAAUGACUGAGGUGGUACCAGACAAGAAUGGGUCAGAUCCAUAUGAGGAACCCAAGAAGCGUAAUAUCUUCCGGCUGGUGGACAGUGGCAACAAUCUCACAACAGAUCUGAUAGUGAAAAGAAUAAUUAAAAACAGGUUGGAGUUUGAAGCCCGGAACCAGAAGAAAGAAGCAAAAGAAUUGGCUGUGCUGGAGGCCAUGAAGAGAAGAGAAGAGGAAGGGGCCCCGGGGAAGGCAGGCCAGGAAGAUCAUGAGAGCUAGCAUGGGGAACGGUAUAGCAGAAUCCUUCCCUCCUGGAGCGGCAAUAUUUUCCUGGAGGAUAGGAUACUGCUGUCAGCCUUAGGAAGGCCUGCGGUCACAAUUCUCCCGUGUGUCGGGAAGAUCCCGGAUGCUGCUAUCUAGUUGGCCCAGGCCCACUCCCAUGGGAAGAUUUUAAUAUUGCCCUCUCAAUAGCAGGUUUCAAUUCCAAUGAAUGUUCGCAACAUGGUGUGAUUUCACCUGACAUAUUGGAGCUGGGGAGUCAGGGUUAUCUCUGCUCAACUUCUUAUUGAGUCUCUGCAUCUCGGAGCAUCUCUCUGAUUUCUGCCUGCCAGAGACAAUUUUUUAAUCUUUAAAACCGUCCUUUCUGGUCUGGCUCAUUGCUUACAGCAUUAAUAGGAUCCCAGAGCAUUUGCUCAACAGCAGUGCUUGCUGGAGUUGGGCUCCAAGCCAGACUUACCACUACAUUUCCUAGCUUGGGCACAAAGGGUUCUCUAAGUGGCCUGUUGCUGCUUGCACACACUGCCUUGCAUCUGGUACCUACAAAAUAUUUCCAAGCUGUAACAGUGGAUGGAGUUUAGGCAAGUCCCAGGGUUCCCCGGUGGUAGACAGUGGCCCUCACUACUCUGCACUCAGACAUGUUUGUUUAGGCCUAUGGCCAAGCAAGAGAUUGGUGGCACUGCAAUUCUCAGUGUUCCCACAAAACACAAACACCGCAUAGAUCUUCAAAAUGUGCUUGGAGCUCCAUCCUAAAGCCCCAGUACAUUGCUUCACAACCAGGGCUUCAUUUUCAUCCAUAUGGGCCUUGUGGUUCUUGUGCGGAGAGAUGGAGACAUCAGAUACAUUGAGCCCAGCAUACUGUGUAUUGUAUUUAAAAUGCUUUGUGCUGCUAAAGUUGAAUGCUUUGUGGUGAGAUCCAGGUGCAGAUCACUGUCUGAGGUGUCUUUUCAUGCAUAGUGGGAAACACAUGGAUGGGGGGGGCACAUGUGACCAUGGGGCUCUUCCCUGUCCAGGCAGGCUCUGUGUCUUUUCUAUCUCUCUUGUACAAUUUCAGCAGUGGAAAUUAAUAAAAUGUUGAUGACUUA